AUGUCAACCAUCAUCAACUCCAGCAGAUCGUGCUCUCCUUCGUUUACGGAUUCCGAGGACGAAGACGACCAUGGCGGCGUCGAAUAUCGCGAACCAAGUCAAGCUGCCAUUGAGGGCUUCCGUUUGUUUUGCAACACUAGGAAACCUAUGACACAACUACCUCGUACUCUUACCGUCGACUACACGGCGCUCAACGACCCCUAUUAUAAUGGCCCUGAUAAACUGAGCUUUGGCUUCGGGGUCACAUCGGACACGUUGGUUCAAUAUGCACUGGAGAAGAAACUGGUCGAUCCUCGCAAGCUGACGGAGGGCGACCCAGAAUUUAUCAGCUACGAGAGAUACUUCGCCAUCAAUGCAGUGAUCAAACACCUAGAGCGCGUCACAGGUGCUCCCAAACUCUAUAUCCGCUUCCCCACGUCUCCCGAAUACGAGUACAUGAUCUCUCUGUACGACAACUACUCGAAGCGGGUCGAUGAGAUGGACGAGGACGACGAAAGGGAAGUUCUCGACAUAAUAAGGAAAGAGUUGAACAUCCCAGACGACGUGCCAGCGAUGUGGUGGUUUGAGAUGGAAGGCUAUUAA